AUGAAGCAGAGGUUCUCGUCCAUAGACGUCAAGGUCAUCACCCAGGAGCUGGCCGCGGAGCUGGUCAACCUGCGGGUGUCCAACAUCUACGACCUAUCAUCACGAAUCUUCCUUUUCAAGCUCGCCAAACCAGACCACCGCCGCCAGCUCAUUGUCGACUCCGGCUUCCGCACGCAUGUCACCCACUACUCCCGCACCGCCGCGACGGCCCCCUCACCCUUCGUGACGCGCCUGCGCAAGUUCCUGAAAUCGCGUCGCAUUACGGGAGUCGCCCAGAUUGGCACGGAUCGGAUCAUCGACAUCUCCUUCAGCGAUGGCGCCUACCACAUGUUCCUCGAGUUCUUCGCCGGAGGUAACAUCAUCCUCACCGAUCGCGAGUAUACCGUUAUCUCGCUGUUCCGAAAUGUCCCUGCCAGCGCGGGCGAGGAGGAGAUGAAGCUUGGUAUGACGUACAAUGUGACCAACAAGCAGAACUACGGCGGAGUGCCAGAGAUCACAUCGGAGCGAGUGAAGGCGGUUAUUGAGAAGGCUCAGGCGCUCUUCUCUCAGGAAGGUAAUGCGCCCAAGAAGUCGAAGAAAAAGGCCACGGACGUCGUACGCAAGGCGCUUUCUCAGGGAUUCCCUGAAUAUCCUCCGCUGUUGCUGGAUCACGCCUUUGCGGUCAAGGAUUUCGAUGCUGCUACGCCGCUGGACCAGGUGCUCGGAGAUGAUACUCUUCUGAUGAAAGUGGAGGAAGUGCUUCGCGAAGCCGAGAAGGUGUCGAGCAGUUUCAGUGUCGGUGAGAGUCACAAGGGCUAUAUUGUGGCGAAGCAAGACGAACGACCUUCUAAAGAGGGCGAGAGCCCAUCGAAGACUCCUGGCUUGCUGUACGAGGACUUCCAUCCUUUCAAGCCGCACCAGUUUGACGGAAAGCCCGGAUUGUCUAUUCUGGAGUUCGAACAAUUCAAUGCGACGGUGGACGAAUAUUUCUCUUCUUUGGAGUCCCAGCGACUGGAAUCUAGGCUCACUGAGCGAGAGGAGGCCGCCAAGCGCAAGCUCGACUCCGUACGAGACGAGCACAAGAAGCGCAUCGACGCAUUGAAAGAUGCACAGGAGAUCCAUAUUCGCAAAGCUGCUGCCAUCCAAGAUAAUGUCUACCGUGUUCAGGAGGCCAUGGACGCUGUAAAUGGCCUCGUGGCGCAGGGAAUGGACUGGAGCGAAAUUGCUCGUCUCAUCGAGAUGGAACAGGGCCGAGGAAACCCCGUGGCACAGAUCAUCAAGCUGCCUCUCAAGCUGUAUGAAAACACAAUUACGCUUCUGCUUGGAGAAGAGGAGGAGGAGGAGGAAGAAAAAGAUGCCGAGUCCAGCGAUGAAUCUGGCUCUGAAUCCGACUCUGAGAACGAAGCGCAGGAAAACCAGAGACGCGCAGAUGCUGCAUCGCGUAUGCUUAAUAUUGAUGUCGAUCUCGGUCUUACUCCUUGGGCCAAUGCCUCGCAGUAUUACGACCAGAAGAAGUCAGCCUCGGAGAAGGAACAGAGGACUGUUCAAUCUUCUACGAAGGCGUUGAAGAGUCAUGAGAAGAAGGUGACUGCCGAUUUGAAGAAGGGUCUGAAGCAGGAGAAGCAAGUUCUGCGCCAGGCCCGCGAGCCGUUCUGGUUUGAGAAAUUUGUUUUCUUCAUCUCUUCUGAGGGAUACCUCGUUCUGGGUGCGCGCGAUGCCAUGCAGGGUGAGCAGCUCUACAGACGCUACCUGAACAAAGGCGAUAUUUUUAUUCACGCCGGUCUGGAGGGCGCAUUGCCGAUUGUGGUCAAGAACCGCAAUGGCAACCCCGCCGCACCUAUUUCCCCAAGCACACUCUCUCAAGCUGGAACCAUGUGCGUCUCGACCUCGGCAGCAUGGGAUUCCAAGGCUGUUAUGUCUGCUUGGUGGGUGCACGCCAACCAAGUCUCCAAGAUUGCUGAAGUGGGCGGUGGAAUCUUGCCUACUGGUAGCUUCCAGGUCAAGGGUGAAAAGAACUUCUUGGCUCCCUCGCAGUUGGUACUUGGAUUUGCCGUUAUGUUCCAGAUUAGCAAGGAGAGCGUACGUAACCACAAGCAGCGAUUCGAGGUGACCGAUGGUGUUGAGGAAGUUAUUGCUACUGAGGCUUCGGAGCCUACUGCUAUGGAAGAAUCGAAGCCCGCAGAGCCUACAGAAGAGCCCGAUGAUGUCGCCGAGGAGGCUCCUCAAGAUCCUAAACCGAAACCUACUGAGCAAGCCACUGAAGAAACGCAGCAAGGCAAUGCUUCUGAUGAAGAGGAUGACGAUGAGGACGCAAAGCCAGCAAGGAAUCCUCUUCAGCGAGGUGAUCCUGAGGCACCUCCUAAACAGGAGGAACAAGCGCCUGAGGUCGAAUCUGAGUCAGAGGAAGAAGCAAAGUCUGAGCCGGAUACUGUGCAAGACGAUCAAGGAGCUGAUGAGGUUGAUGAAGCCGAGCUGUCCAAGCCCGCUGCGGAAAAAGAACCUGCCACUCAGCAAGACGAGCGCAAGCAACUUACAGCGCGGGAGCGACGUACUUUGCGACAGGGCAAGAAGGUCGACCUACCUGGUGAGGCCGAACCCUCGCCUGCACGGAUGGCCCCAACCCGCGGCAAGAAGGCCAAGGAGAAGCGCGCCGCGGCCAAGUACGCCCACCAAGAUGAUGAGGAACGCGAGCUUGCCCUUCGCCUUCUCGGAUCCAACAAGGGCAAAGCCGCGAAGGCAGCUAAGGCCGCUGAGACCAAAGCCCAACGUGAACGGGACGCCGAAGCCCAAAAGGCCCGCCGUCGUGCACAGCACGAGCGAGCAGCUGAAGCAGAGCGCAAGAAGCAAGCGCAAUUAGCCGAGAACGGAGACGACUACAACGAGGAAGUUGCCGCAGCCGAAGCCGCAGACUUGACCUGGCUUCCUGCUUUGAUCGGUACCCCGACACCGGAGGAUGAAAUUCUCGCGGCUCUUCCUGUUUGCGCGCCAUGGGCUGCCUUGGGUCGAUAUAAGUACAAGGUCAAGCUGCAGCCUGGUACGGUGAAGAAGGGCAAGGCUGUUAAGGAGAUUCAUCAUCGAUGGAUCUCGGAGACUACCACCGGCAAGGUCAAGAAGGAUCAUGCUGAGGAUGCGGGUGUUCCUCGGGCUGUUGCUGAGCAGCUUCGGGCACGAGAGGGAGAUCUCAUUAAGGGGUGGAAGGAGAAUGAGAUUAUCAACACUAUGCCCGUUGGCAAGGUGCGCAUCAUGACGCCUGGUAGUGCCGGUGGUGGUGAUAAGGGCAAGGGUAAAGGAGGUGGUGGAAGUGGUAAAGGUGGCGGUCCGAAGGGAGGAAAGGGUGGAAAGAAGAAAUAG